CACUACUGGACGUGGCGGAGGCCGAAAACAGGAAACAGGAACCGAAGAGGAAGAAGAAAUGAGACCGCUACUGCUGCGCUGUCCGCUCGGCUGCUUGGCCACAGUUUUCGGCUCAUUUUCCGCUUCUCGAAACAAACUCGUCACACAAGCAGCAGCGCUUCCUCAUCUGUUUUAUUUCAGAAACACGAUGCACUAUCAAACGGAGGAGAGAGGACGCCCCAAUUCACCCGACUACCGGAUUUAUUUUAAAACCUCUGAAGGAAAAUACAUUUCACCAUUCCAUGACAUCUCACUUAUAGCGGAGACGGAACAGGACAAUGAUGUGCCAACUAAAAAGCCCAAGAAGAAUGAGAGUGAGGUGCUAUUUAACAUGGUCGUGGAGGUGCCUCGAUGGUCAAAUGCUAAAAUGGAGAUUGCAACUAAGGAACCGCUGAACCCGAUAAAACAAGAUGUAAAGAAAGGAAAGCUCCGGUAUGUUGCCAACAUAUUUCCCCAUAAAGGCUACAUUUGGAAUUAUGGGGCGCUCCCACAGACAUGGGAGGACCCAAACCACACAGACAAAGACACAAAGUGUUGUGGUGACAACGAUCCCAUUGACGUCUGUGAGAUCGGCACCCAGGUGUGCUUUCCAGGUCAGGUGAUCCAAGUGAAAGUGCUUGGCAUCUUGGCCAUGAUCGAUGAGGGGGAAAUGGACUGGAAGGUCAUCGCUAUCAAUGCUCAGGACCCAGAUGCCAAAAACCUGAAUAGCAUAGAAGAUGUCUGUAAGAGCCGGCCUGGUCAUUUAGAGGCCACUGUCGACUGGUUUAGGAAAUACAAGGUGCCCGAUGGAAAGCCUGAGAACCAAUUUGGGUUCAAUGGAGAAUUCAAAGACAAGGACUUUGCAGUGGAGAUCAUUAAGUCCACCCAUGAGCACUGGAGGGCACUAGUGCAGAAGCAGACAAAUAGCGGAGGGAUUGAAUGCAAAAAUAUCUCCUGCUGCGAGAGCCCUUUCAAAUGCAGCGACGACGAGGCCAGAGAUGUGGUGGAAUCGGCUCCUGCAUUCGACAGCACACAUCCUGUGUCUCCAAAUGUGGACAAGUGGCAUUUUGUCUGAAGCCCUAAAGACAACAUGGAGCCAACAAAACCUUUUGAAGCAGCUGCAUCCUUUGAAUGCAGCUGGAUUUAUUGUUGGUAAGGACUCGUUCUCAGCUGUAUAAAGUGCCAUCUAAGUUUAUUAUGCAGUCAAAUGUGUAGACAUCAGAUUGUUUUAUUAUAAUUUUGAGGUUAAUUGCAAAAUAAUUGAUCUCCUUUCUAUUAAAUUGUAAAUUCUAAUGUAUAAGCACUGCAGUAUCUUUGGGUCAAAUACCCAGGUCCAUCCUUGUAUAAGACUGAAAGUGAUGCCAAUAUGCUCCAAUUUGCCUUUUAAGCCACAAACACAACGCCAUUUGUAUGUAACAAUUUCUUUCUGUUUGGGUAAAUUAAAAAAAUGUAUGGUGUGAACAUGGCAUUACCUCUUUCCACAUUUGUCCGUAAUUACUCAUUUCAAAACUUUAACACGUGGACAAUAAUGCUCAAGGAUUUAGAUACUAGUAUUAACUUGGAGUAACAAAUCAAAUUGCUUUAAAUAAAUAUAAAUUUUAUUAAAAAAACACCCACAUCUCAGCAUUAUCAGGAAUGAUAUAAUAAACAGCUUUCAAAUAAACUGCAUCCAUUACAUUACAAUACUUACAGUAUUAAUACCCAUCCCUAAUUCCAUUUUUUGUAGCAUACCAAACUUCAGGAGAACAAGGGAAGCCUUAAAAAAGAAAAUGACAGGCAAAAAGUUGCACUUUUUUUUACCCCUUAGUGUCUAACUGCAAAAAGACCAAGUGUGUAUCAACUUCCAGCUUAACCUGUGAGCCGAGCACAUAUAGCACACUAGUUCAGCCCAGGAAGUCAUUCAAGUAAUGUUGACUCUACUCAGAAACACUCUGAAGCAAGUAUGGCUAUGCUUUUAACCCGCUAUAUCUUAGACACCUUGGCUUUCUCAACCACAACCUGCUACUGUAGCUGGGUCCUGUACAACAAAAUUUGACAUUUUCUUAUGUCGAAUUAUUUUACAAAGUUGGAACAGUUAAAAAAAAAAAAAACUAGACCGUCUAAUGUCUGCGCGAACAGGAUGCUAUCACUGUAAACAUUGCUGUGACAGUGAGCAUACAUUUACAGACUUCCUGGAUAAUCUAACCAUGAUCAUUCUGCUAACCUGAAAGAAUAUUUAAAGAUAUGAGUAUCGCUGAUCGGGUAGCUGUGGGUCAAUUUGACAGAACAAGAAGAACCUACAUCAACAUCAAAGAAUGAGUUGUAUUCCUGCAAUGCAGGUUCCUGGUAUGUACAAUGUGACAUAAUUUAUUAUUUUUUUUAAACACAUUUACAAUCUAUUUAAAUAAAACGUUUUGUAAUUCUUUAUUACAUUUUUUUUUUCCUGAAAAAGAAAUGAAGUGCUUUCAGAAAAUGCAUCUGUUGAAGAGUGGGGUAAGUUGUUACUAUAACAUGACAUUCCACUAUAUAUCGCGUUAAUUAAAUCAAAUAGACAGGGAAGAAAAAUCAUUAUACAAUUGCUUAGUGGUUAUAAAUAAAUUUAACUAUACACAGGCACAGAGAUGUGCAACUACGUUAAUCACUCCCCUGGUCUUGUCUCAUAGCUAAAGCAAAUACAUUGCUUUUUACUUAGUCAAUAUCAUACUUUCCCUUUAGUCAACUCAGUGCAUAUAUGUUCAAAUUACUUUUAAAAGAUUACUUUAAAAUAUAAGUAAAAAAUUGCAGGAAAGUACUUUUAUCCUCACAAAAUAUUUUUUCUCUUUGUGAAGUCGACAAGAAUCAGAUUCAGGAUGCAAUGGCAAGUACCUGAAUGAAAAAACUACCGGAUGAAUACAGGCAAUGAACACAGAAUUAGUUGAAAAUGUCCCUGAUUUUACAGUAACAUCAAAGAUUUAAGUUCAAGUAAUACUUUCUAGCAGAUUGACAAGAAAGUAAGAAAUGAACUGUUAUGCCUUUUGGUGGCCUGAAGUUGAACUGUUAUUUUGAAAGUAAUAUACAAAGGAAGAAAGAAAAAUAUGUUAUUAUUCUAUUGCCAAACUAGAUUUGAGGUAUAUGACGGGUUUGAACUGUACAUUAUUUAAAAGCCUUCCUGCUGUCCAAAGAGUCUCACAUUGUAUGUUUCACACACGUAUGUAGGUUGGAUAGCACCUUAUGAUCAGUUAAACCCAAAGAAAUACAAUGAAAUAGGCCGUUAGCAUUCUUUACAACACAAAAUCUCUAACAGUAAUUCCAAAAAGGGAAAUUAAUUUACUGUACAAAUCUCACCUGUUUAUCUUACAGUUAGAUUACAAUAGUUAAAGACCCCACAUCAAGCCAGCUGCCCUCUGAAACAGACACUGGGCUUACCCUGUUUCAUGUUCCUCAGUGUAUAAAAAAACACAUUUCCUAAGCACCACAGACACACAACUACAUGUAAUAUUCACAGUCCAGGUUUGUUCAAUGAACCUACGGUGAGGAACAUUAAAAACAGUCGUUGACAACAAAGUAAACCUGGAAAAAACUGAAAUAGCACAAACAUACUGUUUUUUCCCCUCAAAAUGUUAGAAAUGCACCAUGAGAAUGGCUCAAUUUACAGUAUAAAUGACAUAGGUAAGCUAAAGAAGCACCAACACAAAGAUAGUUCAAAAACAUCUUUUAGCAUCAACUUGAAACGGUUUCAUGGAUUGCUCACACUGUUUAUAAAUUCAUCAAUUUAAUUUCAGUGAUGCUUAGAAAUUAAUUACUCUCAAUGUAGUAAGUAUAACCCGAUUUUCUGAUUUAAAGGUAUCACCAAAACAUUUAACUUGCAUUAUCAAAAAGUGCCCUAAGAACCACUGACUUGCCAAAAACCAUUAUGAUGCUGAUCAUUUGAUCGUGGGAUGAUAUUUCCGGAGUCCUGUUCAUUGGACGUCACUCGUAGAGUGAGUUAUGGUCCUAGAGUGAAGGCAUUUGAAUUUAAAUAAAUGGUUGUGACCAUACACUUUAGCACCGUGAAUGUUGUCAUUGACAAAGUCAGUGUUUUAUGCCAAGAGUACAAUUUUGUAAGAAAAAUAAAGCCACAAAAAAAUGAAAAUUUGUUUCCAUUAAAAAUAGGUCCUUGUGUUUCAGACUGAAAGCACCAGAGAUGUUGAGUGUGUAUCUUGCAAAAGUUGUCGAACAAAAAUAAAUACAUCCUCAGUAGGGUCAACAGGUAAAGCUUGAUUGUUAAAGAGGUGAAAGACCUCAUGUGAAAGGUCAUUUAUAUCUCAUCUGAUCACAGGUUCCUUUUUCUACGUUGUUGCUAACCGUACAGAUAGGAAGGAGUGUUUAGAAGAGGCCAGUGGUGCUUGUGGUCUUUGUCAUAAAUAAAGCACCUUAAAUUUUCUUCUUCACGAGUGCUUCUUACACAAACUGACUGUAAGGCCCUGUGACCUUGGUGAAGGCGUACGGAGAUGUAUUGACAUAAGUGUUUGUCGUGCACGACAAGGACCCCUCCAUUAGUGCCUGGAUAAAGCGCUUGUAAGGAGGCUCCCCGGUGGAUUCUGACUCUGGAUGCUCACGCUUCGCCCCCUUCUUGCCUUUGCUAGGUGUCCCCUCGCCGCCAUUCCUCUCUGCUUCUUCCUCCUUCUCCCGAGCCUUCUCUGCCAUCUUGGCUUCCCACAGUGCCAAACCAUGCUUGGCCUCAUUCAUGUUUUUGUGCUGGUAGAAGACCAAGGAGAUGCGCGUUGGGUGGGUGCGGUCUGGGUUUUUAACGGGUGUCGUGGCGUGGAGCUCCCGCUUUGCACACUCAAUGAGGACUGAGCCGUGGCUUGGUGCCACUGCCACACCACCAAUGUCGGGGUCCAAGAAGUUGUGCUCGUUGUCGGACCACACCUCAGGCUUUUGUGGGGUUGUGGGUGUCGGCGGUGUUCCAGGCUCCUGCUUAAUACCAGAGCCCAUGAGGCUCCCAUUAGGCAGACCUAAACCUGACUCAGGGGUAAAACACCCACCGCCUAACUGAGCAGAAAGCAUUUGUGGGUGAGGCAUGCCCAUCUCGGUCUUGAUUUGCAUAUGGAAAGGAUCUUGGCCCGGGGCGAAGAUUUGAGGGCUCCGAGAUAGGUAAGGAUUUGGGUAUCCUCCAAACUGAUUGCCUUUGCUCACAGCAGCUGUAUAGUCUAGACCUUCAUGAGCUGAGGGUGCUCUUGAAAGGGGGUCCAUAAACUGGGGGUCUGAGGAUCCAUUGGGACCAUAAGGGGAGUAAGGUCUCAUGGGGUGAACUGGCCUCAUGUUGCAGGCAUUGUAACCAUUCAACUGUAAACCUGGCUCAGCGUACCUCGGCGGAUAAUUGACCUCAUAACGCUGAUGUACACCGUACUGCUGCUCUGAGUAAAGUGCUGGCCGCUGUUGUCGAUACAUAUCCAGGUGCUUUGGGUUUGAAGCAUAGUAUGGGUGACAAUUGUCAAGGGGCAUUCCUCCGUUACAUUGAUAACCUGGAUAUGGACGAUUUGAUCCAUUAAUGUAAGAGUUUGGUACGUGGAGCGGGGAGGGGUAAGGGCUGGUUGGUGUUGGCGGCUGAGGGGGAUACAUGGUGCCUGGCCUGGAAGUGCUUGGAAAAGACCCCGGGUGGUUGGGGAACCUGGGGUAGCUGGCUACAUUUGUUGAGCCAGGAUAAGGGGGAAGGAUGCUCUGGUGCUGUUGUUGCUGUAGUUGCUGAUGAUGGGGCCCCAGAGGGUGUGUUGGCUGACCUGACUGUAGGAUUGCUCCCAUAGCACCUUGAAUAGGUCCUAGAAAACAAAAUCCCCAAAAGAUAAAGGCCUAAGCAUAAAAAUUACACAAAUCUCUAAUCCUGUGGCAGUUUCUGUCAAUUCAUUGCUUAUUGUUUUUCAGAGUUAAUUUAGUAUGUUGACAGCAUGUCCGUACUAAGAAAUAACAUAUUUAAGAUACAAUUCAUGAAAUGUGUCAGAAUAAAUGUUACCUCACCUGCCAUAGGACUGCUCUGAGCGGUGUUCUCAUAAGUGCCAGCUUUCGCCUUGGCCAGGAGGGCCUUCUCUGCCUUUUCAUUGUCCAGCAUGGCCAUCCUGUUGGCAGCUGCCUUCUUAGCGUCCAGCUUCUUUUGCCGGCAAGACUUGGCGGGCUCUGCAAGCAUGCGCACCUGGCGGCGAAAGGCACUGAGGACUUGGAUGGCGCCUGACUUGACUUUCUCCUGCUGACCCUCCUCACUGCCAAAUUCAUCAGUGUUUGAAGCCUUGUAAAGCGGCAGUACAUGGAGCUGUUCAUCCUCUGGUAUCUUUCCAAUGUCUCGGUUAUCCUCACUUGUUAAUGUACACACCUGGAAAUGCGGGUUGAUGUCACAGACAUUAAUAAUAAAUCUACUUUUGCAAUUCACAUAUCCAUUUUAAAGCCAUGCCUCGAUGGGACAUUAAUGCAUAGCUCGAUGUGCAGUUUGCCGUUUCUCUACCGAUUCCAUUCUCAGAGAACUACAACAUACUUAGAAAGAUAAACUGUACGUUUCCCUGGUUCUGCUUACCACAGUGCUGCCGCCCUGCAUGUUGUGGAGGUCUCUGUGGGCAUGGGCACAGAAGUCAAGACAAGCAGUGACCCCAGAGAAGGGACAGCCAUCCUUGAGCCCCAGACGACAAUCUGGUGCCCUGUGUUCAUGUUCCACCUGUGUCCAGGAACAACAGGAGGUCAGUUUGAAUAAGAUAUUAAGAGUUUCUGGUCACUAAACAAUAUAAAUGGGAAAUCUUAACAAAACGACUUCAUCAUGUAGAUACUUUGAGAAAUACCCAUGCACACAGUUUACUAUUGUUGUUGAGGAAUUUCUGUGUGCGGGUUGCAUCACUCACAUGUUUACAUGUGACUUAAAACCAUGCUUGGUUUAGAUUUGAUCUGAAAUUCAAUUAUACCUUUGAAAAACAGGACACCUUUAUUAUAUAGUUUGCUUAACAAUAAAUUAUUAAGUCAAACAAUGUCUAAAUAUACACACCUGGUUUGCAUAAGCUUCAGGUGCCAACGUUUUAUACAAGGGACCCAAUAAUGUUGCUAGAUUUUGAAAGUUGUGCUCCAGUUUCUCUUCCUGAAAGACAGAAAUUGGCAGUAUUAAGUGACGUAAUUAGCUUAUAAUAUUAACGGAACCAUGCUGCACAUACUUCUUUCAUAUCAUCUCCUAGUAGCUUGAAUUUUCUUGGGAUUUUGCUGCGGGCAAACUUGCAACCAUUGUAGUACAUGCUCCAAGAGCAGCCAAAGGAGAAAGAUGCCCCACAGGCAUCAGGAUUCAACCCCUGGCAUACACAGGUCCUCCUGAACAGGGAGGACAAAACAAUUGGAUGUAUCAUUUUUAAUUCAGUGUUAACCAACAUGUAUUGCUGAGGAACAAAUUGGCAACUGGUAUUUUUAUAAUUGAUGCAAAAACACACCUAUUAUACAAAAGCAAUAACUACAUUUUCCUUGUAUGCAUACAAAAUAAUAACUUCUGUGUUUGGUAAUAAAACUACUGUAGGCCACAUGGCCAGACUGGAGUUCUGUAGCUCCGUCACUUACUCUUCAUUGAUAGCACAUCGUCUCUGGGUGAGGGCUCCAUGCUUUGUUAGAGUCUCACUUAGCUCGAGGUAGAGGCGGUCAGCUACACUGGGCAGGACGCCCUCCCAGACCAGGAUUACUACAAUGAUGCAGGCUGUCUCGCAUUUGUGACCAGUGCGUUCCCGCACCAACACCAGUAGCUUUUCUUCUACACCUGACCGACGAAUCACCUGAAUGAAAGACGGGAAUAGGCAUUGGUGGAAAUGCAGAUAUUUGAGUACCAGGGCAGCUGGGAUGCCUGCUUCUCAAAUUAAAUAUACAAAAAUGGUUCUUACCCAUUUGGCAAUAGGGCACCCUUGUGUACUUUUUCCUUCCUUGCCGGUGUAUACUACUUUCUCAAUCCUGAUGGCGCGACCAGUUAGACCAGACCUUAAAAGCAGAAUAGAGGCAUGUAAGUAAACACAAGUAAUGUAGUGCACAGUGGUUACAAAACACACUCAUUUUGCCAGUCAACAAGUCAAAUAUGUGGUAACCUUUUCUCCAUCCCCUCCCGAAUACCGGCAACACUCGGCGCAGACCCCAAGUGAGUGUAGUAUGGGCCUUCAUCCUUCUCACUGAUUUGUUCUAAAUAUCAUGAAAGGACAUGCAUUAAUAUUUACACACCAACUUAUUAAUCAUCUUUCAAAAUCAACAUCAUGAGACUCACCAACACAGUGACAGGAUGCAAUGUCAUAUUGUGUUUUCAUGGGGGUGUCCAGUAGGUUCUUUAUCGGGGUAUCCAAUAGCUUCAUAGGAGAGUCCAUGAAGCUUUGUAGGAGGUGUUCCUUCUUAGGGGUGGAAUCAGGUGGUCUCUUUAGAGCUGCAGCGGCUGGGGCAGCUGCUGCUGAUUCAACUCCACUCAAGUCAGUGUUGGUUGACAGGAUUGUGACAGGCCCAGAAUAUUCCACCUUGACUUUAUUUGCUGGAUUGACGAUAAGGGAUUUCUUCUCAAACACAGGUGAAAGCUGGUACUGCCUCAGGCUUUGUUCCAUGAAGGCCAAGAUGUUUCCCGACCUCUUGCUUUGCUCACACAGGGAUGGUUGAUUCUCCUGCUUGAUUUGCACACCACCAAUUCCCACCUCUCGCAUCUGUAACUGCUGCCCCUGCUGCUGUGAACAUGGCAACUCAAAUCUGGGGUCGUUUUCCAUUUUCACAGCUCUCAGGCCAUGUGUGGGGUCACUAGUGCUCUGAAGGGGAUGAGGAGGGACCUGGCGCUCCUGCCUUUGUAGCAGGUGCAUACGCAGGGCUGCAUGCCUCUGAAAGUCUCCAUGGGGACCCGCAGGUGCCAGAGGUAGUCGAGGUCCCCUUUGGAACUGAGGGCAUGAUAUCUUCAGCUGCUGUUCAGCUUUAGGAUACAUCGGUUGGUUCAACACGCCUCCUUGUAAGUGAGGUUGUGACUGCGUUGAGGUCUGGGAGAAGUCUGCAUGGUUGUGCUGGUGGCAGUGGUUGUUAGGCCGCUGUGGUUGAAAUUGCUUGAGGUUACUGCUGCCUGAGUCAGGUGGAAACUGCCUUUGAUGUUGUUGAAGCUGUUGCAUGUCCGUUGUGUUAUUGUAACUGAAUGUUGCAUGGUCGCUGUGCUGGAUUUGUUGGUUGUUGGAUUGAGCAGAAUUGUUUCUAAGAGCCUGGUUGGGUUGAAGCUGCUGCUGACCUGGCUGAGGCUGACUGCGAGGUCUGUAAUCGGGUGACUUGAGUUGCUGCCCUUCAAAUUGUGGUGGGUGGGACAGGGGACGUUGAAGAUGACAGUGCUGUGGUUGUUGCUGUGUUGGUAAAAACCCAGGUGACAGUAUAUCCUGCAGGUCAGGGUCUUCACUUAAAUGCUCUGACUGCAUCUGGGUGUGAUAGCGGCUGUCUACCUGCUGAUCUUGGUGGAAAUUACGCUGCUCGGGCAUUUUCUGGUGUAGAGGCUGCUGCAUUUGAGGUGCUUUUGAAUUUGAUUCCUGCCACUCAGGGGCAGUGUUGUGCUGGGCUGUAGCACAGUGUGUUUGGGCCGGGAGACGGUCCCGCUGUUGCUGCUGGAAGCUGUUAGACCCCUGGCUGCUAUCUGUGAAACCUGCCUGUGUCUGGAAUCUUUGCCCGGUAUUUGGCUCCAACAUCUGGCAGUGAACCUGGGAGUUAGCAGUCUGCUGCUGGGAAUGUGGAGAGUUUAGCUCUACCCAGCCUCUCUGGUGGGGAGUCGAACAUGAUAAGUUGGCUCUCUGCUGAGGCGUGUUCUCCAUCCCGUUUUCUAACGCAGCAUGACUUGGCUGCUGGAGACUGGGGCCCAUGGGUCCCGUACUGUCAGCGCCACGUGAGUUCCCGGCAUUGUGUUUAAAGGUCUGGGGUUGAAUCACAUACUGGUGGCCCCUGUCAGUGCCAAUGCGCUGAUGCUGACCAGACCUAGGUUCUUCACUUUGCCCCAUCUUCUGUAACCCAGAGUUAGGAAAGGAUGCAUAUCCACCUGUCUCUGCUGCCUGUACAGGGGCGUCGUGCUCCAGAAAAGAGUUCUGGUUAAACUCUUGGUUGACCUUCUCAUAUAUCCCUUGGGGAUUUGUGUCAUCUGGAUAGCACCGUGGGCCAUUUUGAUGUUGUUGUGAGCUAUUGGCAGUGCUUGUUGGUGGGAUCAUGCCAGGGAGCUGACCUAGAGACAGCUCCUGACCAGAGUAAGAUGGUGGCCUCUGCUGAUGAUGAUGUUGUUGUUGCUGCUGCUGGUGGUCUGCUUCAAAGUUGUUGGAGUAUCCAUUCACUACAUAGUUGACAGAGUUAUAACUGUUGCCUCCUUCAACAUUGCCCGAUGCCCCAGGCUGCUGUUGCUGUAAGUCAGGCAUCUGAGCUGAAUUGGGCAUUCCUGAGGUUAAAGAUGGGGGUUGAGCACCUUCACUUGGCAGCUUAUUUGCCAGUGAACCAUUGACCACAUCAAGAUGUGGCCCAGAUGUUUGUGGUGCGAUUGACACUUGCUCAGGAUAAUACUGAGACAGGGUUUUCUCUAAAAGAUCACCUGGAGUGCUUUCUAUUGUUGAGGGGGGUGAUAAAGCACCAUUUGAAACAUGUUUAUUCCUCGGUAGACAGAAAAAAUCUCCAUUAGGAAAAUCACAGUUCCUCUUGUCUAACUUAAGCUCUGUCUGUGGGGUAUUGCUUUCACACUCAGUUGCUUUUGUCAGAUCAGGAAAGCUAUCCACCAAACUAGAGCUCAUGUUGUCAUUUCUUUUAAUCUCAGAUUCUACUUUAAGUUUCUUGGGCGGGUGGGUGAGUAAGGACUGCUCAGUGAGUGCAUGCUUCAACUCUCCAUUCAUAAGUUCUCCAUUCAUCAUGUAGGAUCCUUGAUUCUCCCUGUGCCUCUUCAUGGGGUUAGCACCUGCGCUGGCCUUAUAAUGGUUCCAGCUUGUAUCCCCAGGGCUCUGCAGAGAAUCUCCCUCUGAAGACUGGCCUCCAUUCUGAAGUUUGUGAGAGAUGUUGCGAGAUGUGCCAGAUUUUGCUAAUAUCAGAUUUUCUUCCGCCUCAUGUCUGGCUUGUUCUGUUUCCAUCUGGCCUGCUCAGGGUCCAUCCACAGGGCUGCCCUCUGUCCGUCCUGCAGGGCACAUAAAGAGAGAAAUAUUUGGUUACAUCAUUAUUCAAGCAGGGUUAUGUUUUCAAAUACAAUAUGUCUUAUGUAAAACAAACACAUGAUUUAAUUUUAACCUAUGUGUAGGAACUUUACUCGGUCAAAUUGACUCUUCUGACAAACAUCUAACUUCAGCCUGACUGUGGCCUUAGUGAGGGGAAGGUCAGUUGAGUUAUGUGUUUACACUUGGCACUAAAUUGGUAUCAGCUUGCAACACGAUCCUGUCAUAGAAUUAGAUUCACCCUGACCUCAUCCCCCAAUCACCUAGAAACCAGAUAGUGAGUAGAAAGUGAAAAGAGAAUAAAACUAGAGGUCAUUACAGGACUAUUUCAGCUAACAGUGGACUGUGAGUCUACUUCCAUAAGACAAUAGCAAUAUUUUAGAAUAGAAACACUAGGAACAUGCUAAAUUAACAGAGGGAAAAUAAAUAAAAAACACUGUAGUCAACAUGUGAAUCAGCAGCUUCUUGCUUUUUUCAGACAUGCAGGCAUGCAUCAGACAAUAGCAUGUGUCUGAAUCCUUUCUCGAGAUUCUGACCUAAGUUCACUUUCACAAAGAACACUUUCUCUUUGCAUUUGGGUCAUUGGUUAUAAUAUCAAAGGACAGAAUACAUUAAACUAAAUACAAGUCUAGUUGAUUGAAGGUAGUAGGAUGCAUGGUUAAAGUUCCAGAUGGUAGAUGGGAGGAGGACUUGGCUGCUCGUCAGCUGUUGAGUUGUGGUAUUCCUAACCCUGAACACAUUGCUGCGUCAAAUAUGCAAAUACAACUCGAUUCUCCAGUUUGAGGCCUUUGUUAUCAGGGCUAGACCAUAGAAUUGUGAGCUUUGUGCCGUGGAGUUAUACUGAGUUCAGAAUAUGAACUUACCCUCACAAAUGUUUCCCAGACUAACUUAAUCAUCCUGAUGAACUUCUUUGCUUUAUGAUUUUUCAACUCUCUGAUUUAAGAAAAUGUCAAUUUUUGGUGGAGCUGAUUCCCAGGAUAAACGUAAAAACCUCAAAAUCAGAGUUUUGUUAAAUACUUCACCUGUUAAUCUAAAUAAGUUGUAUGUCUGGUUUCAGCUGAGCAGCAUUUUGUCUAAACAUAAAUUGGCCAAACGUUGAGGGAAGCUAUCUUUUAAUUUGUAUUCCUUGGGAUCUGUAAGUCUAGCGACAAAGUAAUUUAGUAAAGUAAUAAAACUGAUGAAUGGAAACUAAGAUCUCCUCAGAAGGUUAAGCAGCAAACAGAGCAUAUGGUUUCAUUUUUGCUUACCCUGCGUUCUCUCUGCCUUAAGCAUCUAUAUUCCAGUGAUUCCAGUAGAAUAUUGAUUUCUGUCUGCCUCCCUCAAUUAUUAAUGCAUGUCACAUCUGCAGCAUCUGCAAAACAAUUGCAGUGCACAGGCACAAAGAGCCUAGUCUAAUCCAUCAUAAUUAUGAGCAAGUCUCCUGCAGAUGUUGAAGGAAUGGGCAGCUGAUGAGCACCAAGAGGGGCCCAGAAUCAGUUUUAAGUGUUUAAGUAAAAGAGUGUUGAACAUUAGAGCUUGAAGGAGAACUGAUUGUACUGUAGAUUCGUGGUUGGCUGGGGAUGGAGGGAGUUCAGUCCUUGUACAGUAUAUAUCACAAAACUUCCGUUUGUCCUCAAUGUCACGGUUAAACUUGCAUCAAAGAAACCUGGUUUUGACUUUCUUUUACUAGCUUUAAAAAAGAGACGUGCACUCAUACAGAUUUUCUUUUUAGCCGGCGGUGAGCAAUAUCAAACACACAGCCACCUUUUUUAAACGAGUCAUGCUUGUCCUUGUGUAUUAUGUUCCUACAUAUAUCGAAGGCGAGACAAAAUACAUUUUCCUGACUUUAAUUGGUGUCCUGAGGUUUUGUCCGCCUGCGCACAAGCAUUCUACAGCCACAAUCCCCCUCAACUAUGAAUACUCGCAGGAAUUGGGAACGUUUGGCGAGGUUUGAAAAGUAUAUGGUCCUUUUUGAACAUAAUAUAAUAUGAAAACCAGUAGUCUGAUUCCGAUAGCUUCUAUUUUAUAGUCAACAUAUGUAAUUAAAUAGCCAUUAACAGCCUUAACUUUCACUUUGCUGCCCAUAGUUAAGCUCAUCCAAGACAUUUUUACAAUGCAACACAGAUAAUAACAAUAUACUAAUACAUUUAUAAAGCCUAAAUUCAUAUAACUCAUUUGUCAGGUUGAAUAAUAUCAAAUGAUGUAGACAGGCGUUAGAGGUGUUAAAUCCUUUUAAAGUUCCUUCUUUACAUGUGGUGAAGCAUUCUGUCAUCCCUCAGAUCAUUUUUCACAUCUCAUGUCGAUUGGUAAAAAUGUAGCGGCAGCUUCAAAUGUUUUCUUUGUAAACGUUUGGCACAUCAUGGUGUCCAUUAAACAGCAGUGGACCAAAAUGUGUUCAUCAAGACAAUUUAGGUUCUUGUAGGUUAAAAAGACUUCCUGCUUUAUGUUCUUAGACAUUUAGGUCACAGAAACACUCUGUAUGUACUUAAAGUAAAUAAUGUCCUUGGAGCUUUGAAGCCUCGGGUCACAACUGCCGGCUGCUAUGGUUAAGUUCAGAGAAAUAUGCUAUGCAACCUUUGAAAACAUAAUUGGAUCCAGCUUUAGAUUCCCACAAAGGCCCUCCUGUUAAUGCAAACAUACUAUAGGCUCACUAUAGGCACUGACUGAUGUUUGGGGGGGAAAAAUAGCUAAAUAUUUGAGGUACUAUGGCAUGUUUCAUUUGGCAUGAUCGUGCUCCAUCAUCGGGCACGAUUAUAACAUCUGGAAGCGGUUACAGCUGCUUACGAUUCUGGCAGAAGAGCUGUCGUCUUCAAACGACAUGUUUUAUCUUAAGCCUGAUAACCUUUUUUGAAAAAUGUUUGUAUAGGUACAGUAUCCAUUUCAGCCACAACAUGCAUGGGCAUUUCAAAAAGGAUCUAUUGAUCAUGUACAUUGCUUUAUUCAAGAAUGAUUAUAAACAAAUGUAACAUUCAGUAAUGAUUUGCAAUUCAUGGAAACGACUAACAUGAAUUAGAUUUGACUGUACAGAUGGGUAGAAAAUAUAUAUUUGAUAAGUUCAGCUACACAUAUGAAAGUAUUCUAUCUCUGGGGUGACUGUAGACCGGGCUAGUUUGCGAAAGUAUCUUUAAGGGUCCUGAAAUGAAGCACCUGCAGCAUCAGAUGACAAUCAUUUUAGAGGAUAAGUUGAUAUUACAACAAAAUAUAUAUUUCAAUUGCUUUUUUUAAAAAGUUGUGAUUCAAGACCUUGAGAUAUACCGUGCACUUUCAGAAUUAGUAUUAUCAGGUUCAGUUCCUCUGUUUCCUGAACCACAAUGUCCAAACUGGUUACGUGAACCAUGAAUGAGGCAAAACAAAAUGUCACUCUGUGGCAAUUGUGGCCCAGUCGACCGUCUGGACCAAGACAACCUUCACAACAAACUGUCAGACCGAGCUCUGCUCAGGCAGGCGAGCUGGUCGAAAUAAUGAUAUCCUUCUCUGUGUCAAUCACCCCUCCAGGACAUUAGCAGCCCUCCAGACCCCCAAAGUUGGUGUGCUAAAUCUCCCACUAACGAGCCAAGCUGUUACAAGGGUGUCUGGAAGCUCCCACGGUUGUCACAACAGAGCAAGCCAGCUGCCUGUUAGCAGGUAGAAAAGGGAAGCGGCACGCUGAAAACAAAGACGGCCCUCAAGUCAAUGGCUGGGGACAAUGGACCUGAAAGGUAUCUUUUUAUGUGUGUUGAGUUGAGACCGGACAUCUUGCAUCCCAAAGAAAAACGGCCCUGUUGUGAGCUUGCUAAAAAACACAUUUUCUAAAUUAUCCAAUAGGGUUUGUCAGGGUUUCGUAAACCAGAAAAAUAGAGAAGUCUAUAAAAAUCAAGAAGUGCAUGCGAUUCAAAAUAAAAGAGAAACUGCAAAAUCAACUCGCUCUUUACAUGCAUUAUCACUUGAAUAGAACUCAGUCAGAUGAAUAGUUAUAAGUAUUACUACAGUAUUGGAGUAGGUCUGAUUUAAAAAUGCCCCCAAACGCUCCCUUCUUUAAAGGCUGUAAUUAGUUUUCUUAAUGUUGUUCUCAGACUGUCAUCUGAGAACUGGGCCAAUGUAAUUCAAAUGUAAAGUAGCAUAAGACAAUGUAACACUAAUUCCACUAACAGCAAACGGUAUAACUCAUUAGUUAUAUUCAGACCGCAGUGGAACCUGAAGAGGAAGAGUCUCGGGCAACAAGUUGCAGAGCUAAUCUCCCUUUUUGCUGCUGUCAGACACAGACGGAUGUAAAGAGCCACAGCGGGACCUCACCACCAGCAUCGUAAUCAGAAGUGACGCUGAGCCUCUUUAUGAUUACGUCAAAAGUUAUUAAAAUCAAAAUGUGUUAUUUUGACAAACGAGUUUGAGAAGCCCACCACGUGGGAGUUGUGAAACGUACACGGCUCCGCUUAAUGAAUGGCAACAUGGUCUUUCCAUCGCGGAGGCAUCUUCAUUCAUACGACAUCACAUUUGGAUAUUCUCUGCUGUGGCAGAUCUGCUGAUUUUAUGAUGUGCUGUUUGGGAUAUCUUUGGUUUUUUUGUGUUGCUUGUUUGCAUUAAAUGAAGAGGAUGAAAAAACGUGGUGAUUACGAUUGGUCAUACUCAACUAUUGAGUAUUGCUGAGUUGCAAGCUAAUGUAUGAGUCUUGAAUACUAUGUGGCAAAUGACUUUACUUUGGAAUGAACUUCAUGAUAUUUUCCCCCUGUAUUUGUAAUUCUGAUUUCAAUUUUAACUAAAAAUACAGCUGCUUGGAGUUAUGUACAAUAUAUUAUCAACAUCUACAGAAAAUAACAAAAUUCACAAUUAAAUUAGGAAAUUAAAACCUCUCAAUUAGCAGUAGACUCAACACUCAUUGGGGGAACAUCAAUUUAAGUCAGUGUCUUUUGAGGAAAAAGGAGCUAAAAGGAGUAACCUAAUGCUCCCACCUCUCCGAACGCUUUCAGAUAUAAAGCAUCUGAUCCCGGCAAAAGUAACAAUGAGGUAAGCGGGUGAAUACCACUUCCCGAGCCCAUGUGACUACUCCUUUGUUUUGUCUGGCCCUCGGUGCAGUCUGCCAAUCAGUAACUAAGUCAAGAGGUGAACACGGGCGCUUAGCUGCUUUCAGAGCAGCUCCAUUCCUGAGGGACACUCCGGGAUUUACAAAGGACCGAACGGAGCCAAGCAGCUUGUCACAGUUGGAUACACCCACACCGACAACAAAAAAAAAUCUUUGCAAACCCAGAACAAAGCAAGAGAUCCCAGCUGAGUGUGUGCUGCCUGUCAACGUACGAACAUAUAAACACACACAUACACCAAUUACACAAUGUUGAAAGUCCAACUUUGACUGCUUGCUUUAAGAUAUUUGGAGUAUUGGCUGCAUCCUCUUUAUUAUUCACAAGACGGGAUUCACAAGGAGAUCUAUUUUUGCUCCGGAAGUAGAGCACUAAUCUAAACCAGAGGCAGUGCCUCUCAGUGGCUUUCGUGUGGAUGCCUGCUGGAGGUUAUAAUGCUUUGAUCUAUUCUGGUUGUCUUUCUAGUAGCUAAUGUCCACCAGAAUAUCCGUUUUCUUUAUGAUAUGACUCAGCUUGCAUGACUUGAACUGGAUUCCCAACAAAGCUUUCUUUCCCUCCAAAAGUUAAUUUCUUUGUCUCUAUACGCUGUUGUUUGGCUUCUCCAACAGCCUCACCUCCAGUCCUCUGCCCUGUAAUUACACUUCAGGUUCCUCUGUACUUCUGUCUGCUGUACUUCCCUCCUGUUCAGUCUAUCGUCUGUGCAGUGAUGAACGUGCAUGGCCACUCGGCACUGCUCUAGUCAUUGCCCAUUGCCUCUGUAGCUAUGUAUUUGCUGGCAUUUAUAGAUGGUGAGUUGCUUUAGUACUUUGAGGUCUAGGGGCAAGGGUGGACCUUUUGGACACAGUGUGACCAGUGUUGUAAAACAAUGGGCACAGUUUGCACAAAAGUCAUAAGGGGGGCAGUUCAUGCACAUAACAGUAGAGCCUUAUUUUAACAAUUAAGUUUGUUUUUAAUAUUGCUUUUCUUUACAAAAUGCAACUUGUUUCUGUUUGUCCAUCAAGUUGCUAAAAGAUCAUAUUUUCAACAAAAUUAGAAUAUAUAAAUUGAGCUACAAAUCAUAUGUAUUAUGGAUAUUUAGUCCUAUUUCCCGAAGCUUGGUCUUCACAACACUAGUUGUAGCAAACUUAAAUGCACCGGACUCGCAGCGUGUUUUUGUUAUUCCCAGAGGCAGCCAGUGAAAUAUGAGAGCUGCCAUAGUAGAUGGGGUCUAUUUGGCGUGACUUGGCAGCCGUAUGUGACAUUCACCACUAACGACAGCUGCUGGGAAACUCAGGUCUCUGCACUUUCAGGUUGAGACCUAGGCAGCUAGGCCUAAAGAGUCCUGCUGUUGUAGAGCGAGAGAGAGAGCGGUGGUGUGUAAAUCAAACACACUUGCCAAGCCACACCGCUGUUUUGCAGAAUAGUCCCAAGAAUAAGCCAUAAUCUCAAGUGUAUAUUUCCGUUUCUUUGCUGAUUUGGGCCCAUUCACAUCUUCCUGUUUGAUAGAUAAGAAGGUGGAGCAUGCAUCCAGUCCCGAGACUAUAAAUUUUCAGAGCACGUUUUUGAAAAGAUUAAACCCACAUGACUCAUGAACUGAGUCAUAACAAAGUGUGCCAAUGAUCAUAUUCAUAAUAUCACCUGACUACAUAUUACAACUGUAACCAACUGUAACUUAAUGCUAAUGCUGUAACUACAACAAUUUAAUAUUGAACCAACUGAAUUUGUUAACAGUUUACGAUCAACUUGUAUAUAUGAACUAUAUGAACUAUUGCUUACUACUCUUAGCAACUUUGCUAUUCAUUUAGUCAGCGUACCCACAGUAUUGCUACCUCUUUUAAUAACCAUAAGUAGAAACAUUGCUUUCAUUUAAAAACACAGCUGACAGUAUUGAUAGAGUACUGAUAAUACAAACUGAAAUCCAGUCUUGAUAUUUGUUUCAUAUGACUCAGACUUUAAUUGAGUUGCAUUUGAAAGCAUCAAAACUUACUGCUAUUGGUGUGAUGAUUUUGAAAGUUCUUAGGCCUCUAUUGUCACGUCAUUUAUACAGAAAUAUGUCAUUCUAAUACUUUAAACAUUUAAACACUUCUUACUUAACCAAACAUGAAGACAAAUCAUUAAAUGGAGAAAAGAAAAUGGAGAUAAAACUAAGUCUUUUGUUUAUAACAUGCAUGUUUGGUAAUGGAUAUUCCAUGUCAAAACGUAGAAACACUUUAAUGGCUGUAUAUGCCGACAGACUUGAGUUCAGACUGCACCCAGCGGAGCUGCAAGUGAAACCUCAUCUGUAGCGACUCCUACCAGCGUAAUUAGGUCAGAUGACUUGCAUUCUACAGCGUUUUAAAUCCCUCCCGUAAAUAUAGAGUCGGACCCACUGCUGCGCAAACCUCAUGACCUCUGACAACAUUUUCACAACUCCGCAUUCCAGCUGGCUGCGUAAACAGCAAAGAUGUAGGCUCGAAAACAUUUCAGAAUCUCUUAGUGAUUAAUAUUUAAUCUAGCUCUACAUGCCUUUGACCUAAUUAUUAUGGGUCCAGGUUUUGCUGACAAUACACAUCCUGAAACAGAACUGUUGACAAGAGGACUCUCAAUACACAUUUGCCUGAUUUAAGGCAGUGUUUAAUUAUUCUUUAAGACCUCUGUGUCGACAUUUUCAAUGUCAGUUCAUGACAUAUGGCUAGCAUAUGAACUGGGGGAGUUGCCUCCACUGGAGAGAGUUUUGGGUAAAGUGAAGGGGGAGGACUGGAAAAGUCUGGAAGGUCAGAACACACCAACUCAUAAAGCACAAUGUGAAGUGAAGCGCUAGUAGCAUGUGUUGUCAAUGACUGUUGUUACUAUAGGACAGAUGUUAAUUCAUGUUCUACAUCUCACCGAGUCUCUCAGUCAAGGCAAGUCACACUUGGAAUUUAUGUCACAUGGCGCGCUCAUGCAGCGCGUACAAUGCAUCUCACAUGGUUGCUCGUGCCUUCUCUCUCUCUCUUUUUUUCGUUCUAUCAGUCUGAACAUAUGACACUCUCCACCCUGGCUAAGAAACAAAAGCCCCCUGUGUGUGCAGUCAGUUUUUUUCGAUCCUCCAAAUGUACAUGCUAGCCAGAUCAUUUUCUUUUUGGAAGCUUAAAUCUUGCUGCUAUUCUGUCACGUGAGCAACCUUAGGGACAGGUGGGCUCUACACUCUGAUCUACAGAGAGAAACAAAUCUAAACAAAUGAAACAUGAAAGUGAAAUCCUGAACAAAAAAACGACAUGAAAGUAGAGCACACACACUGGCCAGAGCUGUGCUAUCUCGACAUUUCCUUAUUUGUAAAAUCAAAAGGAACACAUCUUUUCCCUUAAAGGAAUAGUUUGAUUUUCUUGUGUGCUUACAUGCUUGAGCGUUACACAAAAUUGAUAGCCCUCUCUUGCCUGAACCAUAAAUAUAAAGCUACUCCAGGAAGUCACAGCUCUAGGCAAAGAAUAGUUCAGCACAUAACCCCCUGUAAAACCACAACCAUUUGUGCACUUUGUUUUUUAUUUGGAUUAAACAAAUAUGAAAUAUUGUGUCUAUUAGAGAUUUGAAAAGACUCUGGGCUAACUUCUCCCCCCCUGUUUUCCAGUCUUUGUGCUCAGCUAAGCUGACUCGCGGCUGGCUUUAGCCUCAUAUUUACCGUACAGACAUGAGAGUGUCAACAACUAAGCGAAAAGGCAUAUUUCCCAGAAUGUUGAACUUUUCCUUGAACACUGGAAGACAAUCUGAAAUCUUAAGGCGCAGCAUUAUUUUAGAUGGUUGUGCACCAGAAAGCUUUCCCUUGAGGUCGACCCAUCCGUCUCAUGUUUGGGGAAUAUACAGCUUCUGUUUUAGAUUUAAGACGUGGCAAUCUUUUGUAUUGAUCACUGAAGGGAUGCAGACACAUGUGAGGGUGAUUACCAGGAAUGCAAAAGCUUGAGGUUCUGAGUUAGUGAUGUGACUCAUGUUGCUUUUAUUAAUAACAAUGCUGCACGAGGAGGAAUCUGACUUAGCACUGUUCAACCUCAUCUAGUUGUUCUGUCAGGUAGAGCAGUGCUGUUUCCUGUUGAUGCUCACUGUGGCCUAAUCACUAAAUUGUGACGUAAAGAUGGCUGCAUCACAUGACAGCCUGAAGCAACAGAUCUCUGCUUUCCUUCCCUCUUCUCUGCUUCCCUUUCCCUUCAUGGUUGACCGAAAACGGUGAAGCUCUGCAGGUACAAUCAGCUUGCAGAGAAAUGGAAUGCCAAAGAUCAAAUCAUUUUUUGUUUCAAUUUCAUACACAAUGAAAAUCUCCUUAAAUCUCAAUGGGACGCAAUGUAGCGGUUACAUUUAAAUGUUCUAGCAGUCCAUCUUUUCCAAAGUGUUUGGGGUUUGAUUGCACUUUUUUCCCUAGAGAGCCUCCUCCCCCUCCUUAGGAAGAAGGAUCUGUACAAACUGCAUUGUUCUUUAUGUCUAAUGCAAGACAGAUGUGGCCGACUUGUGGACAUUCCCACUGCAGUCUCUGUUCUUCAACAGUUUUAUGUCUCAUUACCUUCUCUUACUGAAGUGUGACACAUUUCAUCGAACUAUAGCAUUAUUUGAUUAAGUUGAUGUGCACUUCUUAGCAUUAUUUUAUUCAAUUAAUUUGUUUUCCAUUAAUACUGGAGGACCCAAGAAAGCAAAAAUGCCUUAUUGAUAUCAGUUUGAGGGGAUAUGGAUUAAAUGUGAUUUGUGAAAUGAUUAUAAUUUCUAUGGUUAUAAAGUGUACAACAGGCUGUUGUGGAAAUCUAAAGCCUCCAUUCAAGAGUACAAUUUGUAUUAUGUUGUGAGUGUGCACACGAUCUUGAGAGGAAUGUAAAUCCAUUCGUAAAUUCAUCUUUCUGCUGAGGACAGCAGAAUCUACAAAUAUUUAAUAUUUGAGAAUUCUGACUUUGGAUCAGCCGCUACUCCGUCAAUCUGUCAGAGCUACUAUGGAGCCCACACUGUCACUAACUGCACUCCCUGAAUAAAUGUCAUCUAAUCUUUGGAAAAACUUUAAAAAAAAAAGGAAAAGGUCAUUUCAGAAUGAAGCAGACAGAGGGGUCUUGAAUAUGUGUUUGAAAUGCAGAAAUAUAUACAUAUAUAGAGUAUAUCCAGGCUGUCAAACUGAUUGAGCAGUGAAAACAGGUUAGAAAGAUUAAGGUUAAGCUAAAGCCUACUAAUCCCGGGGAAAAGUGAACCAACACAUCACCUGGUGAUCGAGACAGAAGACACUGAAAUUAGGGAACAACACCGUUCCUGUAAGGCCGGAUACGCAUUUACUUACUGUUAAAAUCAUUAAAAAGCAAAAGCAGCAUGUAAACAUUCGGUGUACCUUCGUUAGCUAGCGUAGCUAGUUAAUACUCGUUAAUGCUACAUACUCUGCUACAUACUCUGCUAAUGCUCCACAGGUUUCUACGUACAAACGUAACGUUUUAAAAAACGUAUAACCCCUUCCUAUAACUCUCGAGGUAACAAAUAUCACUCUCAUUAUUUUAACGUUUUACCAUGACUCUCUUGAAAUCCACAAAAUCAGCCUGAAAAUAUGAAAUGAUUAAACGAGAGUCUACGGAGCAGAGCCGGUUAGUUGUCGGACCCUGGCUGGUCAGAGCUGGCCGAAGGGUCAAUUGGUGAAUCAUCAUACCUAUAUGCUGACUGCUGGAACUCUAGGGUUGAAGUGUGGGCUGUUUACCUUUUCCUCUGAAGACUAUAUAACUUCUUCAAGACUAAACUAAAACGAACUUACGAACCUAAAAUGAUGCAGUUUGAGAGUAAAGCUGAAAUAGUCGAAUAGAAGCAAAGACAGAACUGGAGUCAUACAUUGUUUAUCAGGACAGUCAUAACAAGUGCAGUUCUUAACUGGUAGAGCUCCCUCAAGGUAAAAAGAUAAACAGAGAGAGGGGAAAGAUGAACUGGCACCAUGAUAAUAAGCUAUAACCAAGUGCUCAUAGCCAUAAUUAAGAUCAAUGUCAACACUAAUCCCAGAUCGUUUGAUAGUGUUGUACAGGGUUCAGUGGGCUCGGGAAGCAGUGGACAUGACAAAUUAAAUAUAUUUACUCGUAAAGACCCACAAGGUCUGAGGAAUAUAGGAGCCAGUGAUUUGUGGCAACCUUUCAACGACCGGUUUUGUUGAGUCUAUUUUUCAGGGGCGAGGCUGAACUGGCUGAACUGUUGACAGUUUUAACUAGGCACGGUCCAUAAAGUGGAUCCAAAGCCCUUAUACACUAAUGGACAAAUCCCUCAGAUUCUUGGGAUUCUUUCAAAUUGAGAAGGCAGUUCAAGGCGUUGAUACAAAUUGAUACAUACAUUUUUGGUAUAUUAUGAAUAUGAUUGAGUUUGAGGAUAUCACAUGUUUUAGUGGCUUGUGGUGUUGAGCAAUACCGGAUGAGUUGGUGAUUAUGAAGGAGGCUUGAGCCUCAUGUUGAUGGUAAAGGUGACAGAAACGUUUCUGAACGUGACAUUGGGGUGAGCAACUCAACCGCCGUUGUUGUUGUUGUAAGGGAUAAACCCCGCCUCUGUACGUUUCUGAUACAACUUGUUCAGCAGGUUUUCUUGGAAAACUGCAAACACUCGCAGGAAAAAACAAAUCAAGCUAGUAUAUGUUUACACUUUAUCUACUUAAAUCAGUUUGAUCUGCUGAAAUUGCUCUUCUUCUGAACAUUUUUCUAUAUUUAUUUAACUCAUUUUUAUAUUAUAACACAAGAAAAUGAUAAUUUGGCUAACACUGAAACCAUCACAAACAACUGGUAAUAACAGGCCACAGUGUCACAGAUCAUAUCUAUAAACCAUCAGUGUUUCCUCCAAAGUCCUUUCAGUGCAACGGUGCCUUUUUGUCAGAGCCAACCAUAGACCGUUUAACAGAGAAGUGAAUCCUGAUAGUACACAUCAGUUAGACAUUAGGUCUGACUUCAUAAACCUGUUAGUCUUCAUUCUCUCUGUUUAAUCAGCCCGGCCUGAGAAAGAACCCUGGCAAAACCAAGUGCAUUGUGCAAAGCUCACACGCAGAGUCUAAACCUUCUUCUGUGGCUUUAAGCUGCAUCACACGGAGACUCUAAUUAAGAAGUGGGCUUUUGAGCGUACAAUCCCACUAACCUGCACCCCCCCCAGCCCCCAGCCCCUCACAAUGCCACUCCUUCCAACCAGCCGGUAUCUUCUCCCCUCUAACCCUUUGUCUAUGCAACAGUCAAUAUUAUCUGACUAACUUGAUGAACUGUGCACAGAGCAAAGUUAAUUUCUCUCAGAGUGUGCGGUAGCCAUGGCGACCAUCUUACGAGCGCUCCAGAGCCCAUCUGGUCUAAACAUUACCCCGGCACGGCUCACUGCAGAAUGGGCUGCUUUGCCGCGGUUGUGCACAUGUGCUUUUUGCAUUGAACCUGCCAGUAAAUCAAUAGUGCCACAUAUUCAGAAGCCUGCAUUUGCACUUGUUCCAUUGCUUUAAAACCUGAAACAUUGUUAGCCGACAUUUAAGAACAAGAUAGUCUUUGUGUUAUCUUGAGCUACGAGCAUUUGUUUUUAGAGACUCACCACGAAAGAUGUUGUAGUUGCUCUUCGUUAAAAUGGUAGGACAAGGAACACUUCAUAUUGACCUUUUCCUCCUCAUACAUUCUCCCAUCCAUUGCAACCGGGCGUGAAAUGGAAAACUCAUACACAAAAACCAAGCAAUGAGCAAACACUAGGUCCCAUCUUCAAUUCACUCUCUAGCCUGCCAGUCUUGGCAUGUGAUUAGCUCACAGGCACAUAUAUUUAGCAAAUAUUUCCUCUCUGUUUGCAUGAUCCAAAUCCAAACCAGCUUCCAAUUAAACAGGAAGCGGAGGUGAACAGUAAACAAAGCAAAAGGGAAACAUUAUUAUAGGAAGGAAGUUAAAACAUGCACAUGGCAGUGGAGGAAUUCCAAAUGGACUCAAUACGAGGGCAGAUUUCAGAUUUUUGGAAGACUGAGCUUUAAAUAGUUGUUUGUUUUGAACAAAAACUCUUUCUCCUUGUAUUUAUCAAACGGGAAGUGACGUCUUGGGCUUAUGGCUAAGCUCAAUUGAGGGGCUUUUGCUCUAUGGUUCUCUAUCGGGUGUACCAAAAAACAUUUACACACAGUAGAGAUUACUUCUACUAUGUUUUUACACCACGUUUUUAUUCUAUUUUAUGUACUUUUUACUUUGUACUUUUUAUAAUAAUACAACUCUCUGUUUGAUUACUAUUUUAUGUGCUCUAUAUUUUCUUUUCAUCAUAUUAUAACCCUUUUAGCUUUUAUUUAUGUAAAGCAUGCCAAAUUGCACCUGUGUAUGAAAUGUGCUAUAGAAAUAAACUUGCUAUUGCUAAACGUGAAAUAUGUUGUUGUCAUGCACAGAACAACUUUGAACAAAAAAAUGAUUUGCUCGGUCUCAUUCGUCAUCUGGAAAGCAAAUGUAGAGAUAUUCUUUCCCCUGUGGGUUUUUAAGCAGCCAGACCUCAACCACUGUUGCUAAGCUCCCUCUUUCCCUCCACUGAGUAGGAGGCACGUGACUCUCAUUGAAUAGAAAUCACAAAUCCUUCUGAGAGAGAGAGAGAGAGGGGUAUUUUCUGUGAAUCAUGGCUUCAGUGUAAGAAUGUAGUAACACUUUACUGCAUUUCUGACAACUCAGAAGGAAGUACAGAGAUUAUAAACAAUAAUUAACGAGCUCUUAAACAUAGUCUGUGUGUUGUUUUAGCGUUCACUUAAAGGCAAAAUAUGUGUGAGCUUCAGGAGUCAUCAAUCAUGUUCUGCCAUGCAGUUUAGUGGUUUCCUGCCUGUGUUUGUGCCUCCCACAUCGGGAAGACUCUUAUUUGGGAAGUUUCUAUCCAUUCAGACCCAAAGCUAAAAUCAGUCUUUGAAACGUUCCCAAUAUAAAUACAUAUAUGGAUGCAAGCCGGUCUGAUCGUCAUUGAGCACCAGCUGCUGCACUCGUACAUUCCACUUAGGAAACCUAAUAUUGAGCGUGAGCCAGUUGAAGCCCUCAAAAGUAGGUAGUGAUGUCAUUCAGAGCCUUUAGGAGGGUUACGCUCCUAAAUGACAUUCAGGACCAGCUGUCUGUCUUUGUACUCCUUGCUCAGACAACAGGGGGCCACAGGGCCUAACCUUUUCAAUGACAGCUCCGAGCAGUGAAACCGUACAUAUCUGACAGCCAUUUUAGAAGAGGGGUUAACAGCCAUCAGAAGCAGUUGUUUAGAUCGCCAUUGGAACCCCUCGGAGAUGCGCUAUGAUGACGGCGUUUCGACCGAGACAGGGGCAUUUGUUAUUAAUUGUUUUCAGAUAUUGUUCUGCCAAUUUUAACAGAGGAUGCAUUGUGACAAACUAUACACGAAAAGAGUUCCCUCUUUUGGUCUUUGUUUCUGAUGAACCUUUCAGGAUUAGACGUGUGACAAAGCCUCCUCAUUGUCACAGAUUUGACCGCUAUACAUUCUGACACAAGAGUCCCAUUAAGGGUAAGAUCCUAGCAUGACGUUAGGUGCCUUUUCAAGAUCUGUAAAGCAUGUUGACUGCAUGUGUGCAGGUUUACUUCUGCACAAAUAGCUACGCCUAAUGUUUGAAAAGCCACAUCUUGGCUGGCAAAGAGGCACGUCUCAUUCUCCGAUACAGAAACACCAACGUUUUUUUCUGCAUAUUUUCAUGUUGACUUACAAAUAACAAUAAAUCAUUUAUAUUAAACUGUGCAGUGCAAUGAAAAGCACCACUGUGGACUCAAAUGUGCCUUUACAUCUGUGCACAUGCUGGUUUUUCACCCAUGAAACCUUUGGCAAAUAUUGCCAUUUUGUUUAAAUGACCCAAAGCUGCAAUCGUAAAGGAAGUUUGACAGAAAAGUUUACAGCCAGUUUUUUUUCCUGACCUGUCAAUAUUUAGGCCUUCGCCUGCGCAGGAGCAAUGCGCCGUCAGACCAUCAUCAACAUAAGAAAAGGCCUGCUCUCCGUCUUGCUGUUCUCGAGCACAUACGCUGUUGUGACUGGAGCUCUUGAUUUCCUUUCAUUAUUCUCAACUUCUUGUAGCGGGACCGGCGAUAGCAGCAUUCAAGAAUAUUGUCCAACCGUCGGAGAGGCGGGAAGGGAUGCUAUUCGCUUUGGAGCGAUUACGUAAGAUCUCACUUGUGUCUCUCCGUGCGGAAUGCCGGGAUAGUGUUUGUAAACAGAGCGGCCAUGUGCGUGGGCUCACGUGGAGGAAGCUUUUGAGUCACUGCCCUCGCUGUCUCACCCCUGAGGUAAACCCUGACAUCGAUACACGCUGACAGCGCCAGCAACACUCCCUAUGGCCCUGUGCCACUCAAACAGAGCCUUAUCACUCACACUCCAUAAUUACGCCCCAGCCCGGCUAACGCUGCGCGGCCUCGUGGAAAAAGAAGGCCACGAGUCCUAUUUGGGAUUCACAAUGUAUCAGGUGUGGCAAUUACUGAUAACAUGUUUAUAUCAGGCUCGUAAAAACACGAUUACUAUUGCACAAUUCCAGUGAUGACCAAUAAACCAGUCGCAGGCCAUGAUCACAUUCAAGGCUCUUGAGCGAAGUUGGGCCUUCAUAGGACGGAAAGCCACGAUUCUUGGCGGGGGUUGGGAUG